AUGGCGCAAUCUAAACCUAAGAAAACUGCUGCAAAAGCUGACAAAUUGAGCUUUUUCGGCCAAAAAGGAGCGACAGCAUCUGAGGCCGCACGGCUAACCACGCAAGAUGGCGCCGAAAACUACAACGCUGAAAGCGCCCCUCACACGGAAGAAAAACCCCGUUCGCCAGAGGGCCUCACAAGAGAUUGCUUUGAGAGGGCCAUGGAGGCUAUGGCAGAAAAACUGAUUUCCACCUGGAAAUCAACG